GGGGUUGUAGGACGAGCAGAGACUCUAUCCUCUCUAUUCUACUUGGGUGCUCUGGUAAUGUACACGAAAGCCUGCAAGAGCAAGCGAACGACAGCAUGGCGCUCAAUGAUGAUAUCAAUGCUCUUCGUAUUCAUAGCAAUGUUGUGCAAGGAACAGGGUAUAACGGCAACUGCAGUCUGCGUUUUAUACGAAAUAUUCGUAGUACAGAAAGUGAAAACACUGGAUAUUUUACUGGCGAUUAAAUCUGCUUUUGGGGGCAAUAAAAUCAAUCCAACGUGGUCGGGGGAAGGUACUAAACGCCUUGCUGCUCUUACACUUGUAACAUUCAGUUUACUAAUUCUGAGAUUACAUGUUAUGGGCUCCAGAUUGCCUGUAUUCACAAGAUUUGACAAUCCAGCGUCAGUUGCAUCGACCCCAACGAGGCAACUCACAUACAACUACUUAGCAGCUGUUAACUUACGUCUUUUAUUUCUACCAAGCGAUUUGUGCUGUGAUUGGACAAUGGGUACAAUACCCUUGAUUGAGAAUAUCUUGGAUGUCCGUAAUUUAUGGACGCUGGUCGCCCAUAGUUUGAUAUUUGGAUUACUUUCAACCGCUGUAUUUACACGUAAUCGUCAAGUGUCAGUGAUAAUAAUAAUGAGCUUGGCACUUUUGAUAUUGCCAUUCCUACCAGCAUCGAAUUUAUUUUUCCCUGUGGGUUUUGUUAUUGCUGAGAGAGUUCUCUAUGCACCGUCGAUGGGUUUCUGUAUGCUUGUGGGACAUGGCUGGAGUAUUUUAGCAGAAAAAAGAUGUCCAAAAAUAUCAACAAUCUUUCUAGUCCUCCUUCUUCUUUCUCACUCCGUAAAAACCUUCGCUCGCAAUUACGAUUGGAUAGACGAAUAUGCUAUAUUCAUGUCGGGCCUCAAAGUAAAUCUUCACAAUGCUAAACUGUUCAAUAACGUUGGACACGCGUUGGAGGGUCAGGGUCGUUACAAAGAGGCAUUAGAUUACUUCAAUGAGGCUGUUCUCGUGCAGGGUGACGAUAUUGGAGCUCACAUUAAUGUCGGAAGGACGUACAAUCAUCUCAAGAUGUUUAAGGAAGCGGAAGAUGCUUAUCUGAGGGCGAAGUCAUUACUACCAAAGGCGAAGCCUGGUGAAUCAUAUCAAGCUAGAAUUGCUCCAAGCCACUUGAAUGUUUUCGUCAACCUCGCAAAUUUAAUUGCAAAAAAUGGAUCGAGACUUGAGGAGGCCGAUCUACUCUACAGACAAGCCAUCAGUAUGCGAGCUGAUUACACACAGGCUUACAUCAAUAGGGGUGAUGUUCUGAUUAAAAUGAACAGAACGAAAGAGGCCCAGGAAGUUUAUGAGCGGGCGCUUUUUUACGAUAGCAAUAAUCCGGAUAUUUAUUACAAUGGAACGAGCCUUCACGGGCCUGCCUCUUUUAGUAAUCCUCUCGGGCUUUGUUGAUUUUGGAGUGGAGCUAACAGACUGAGACGACAGAAGGCUGAAUCAUACUCGGGUGCUUGAAGAAGUGACUGGCCGGUGUGUCACGGUUGACAAAGAGCGAUCCGACAAUGAGGGGGAAUCUUUCUCAGCAGAUACAAUCGGACUGAAUGAGGUAACAGCAAUUUCAUGG